UUGAUUUUCUGGCUUUCACUCAAGCGGUGCUGGCAAGUCGAAUAGUAUUCGCAGAAAAGGAGUACAUUUGCAGUUCGUGGUUGUUGGAUAUUCAUCUCAAAGUACCGGUCAAGAUGAAAUUUGGCCGCAAUCUUCCUCGGAAUCAAGUCCCAGAGUGGUCGGCCUCAUAUAUCGACUACAAGGGCCUGAAGAGGCUCAUCAAGUCAGCCGCAAAAGCACAGCAAGCAGGGGAGGAAGUUGAUCUUGCAGAAUUCUUCUUUGCUUUGGACCGCAACCUCGAAGAUGUCGACUCUUUCUACAACAAAAAAUUUGGCGAGGCACAUCGCCGCCUCAAGCUGCUCCAGGAUCGAUAUGGCCGCAGUGCGGAUGUCAUCGCCGAUCUGGACGAGCACGAGGUAGAAGAGCUCAUGGGCGCUCUUUUGGAGCUCCGGAAUCAGCUCCGAAAUCUGCAGUGGUUCGGCGAGAUCAACAGGCGAGGAUUCGUCAAAAUCACCAAGAAGCUCGACAAGAAGCUGCCCGACUGCACGACGCAGGAGCGGUACAUCAUGACGAAAGUGGACCCUAAGCCGUUCGCGAAGGACGUAACGUUAGCACGCCUGGUCAACGAGAUCAACAAGUGGCUGUCCAUGCUUGCCGAUGCGCAGAACUUUGACGAUUCCGUGUCUGAGAAGUCGGCGCGUUCUGUGCGCUCACUUGGGCGUGUCACCGCCAAGGCGAUGCUGAGCGUGCCUCAAGCAGUGCUGGACAGUCUGGAGCUUGCAAUCCGGCAAGACGAUGCGGCUACGUUGGAGAAGACACUUGUCAAGGAGGAUCUGACCAGCGCAUACCCACCAGGUCAGGAGGUGCUACUCAACUUGCUCCAGCGAGCGAUCUCGUCAAGGUCGAAGGCAUGUAUUGCUUAUCUUGUCGGGGAAGCGAAAUCUCUGGAGGAAUCCGGGGACCUGAACGAGCGCAACUGCAUCCACCGGCUUGUGAUCCACAUCGGCCGGUCGAAAGCACCAAUUGCCAAGCAUGUCGAACACAACACUGCGAGUGUGCCUUUCCCCGUGGGCUCGCAUUACAACAGCCACUACCGAACGCCGAACGCGACCAUCGGGCAGGGUCCCUUACCAAAUGGCCUCUUUGGCGAGCCUGAUUUUGGUGUUCUCGGUACCGACGAUGAGCUGGUACAAACGCUCGAAUAUCUUCUGAGCUGUCUCAAGCCGGAGCAGCGCCCGUCACUGGCCAGCAAGGACUCCUUGGGACGGAUGCCGCUUCACUACGCUGCCCAGGCUGGUGUUAGGACUGUCUGCCAAAUUCUGAUGGCCAAGAUGCAAGAGUGGUCGUUGUUCGAUGUACACGAUGGCAUUGACGCAUUCGAGUGGCAGGACAAGGAGGGCAAUGCGCCUCUGCAUCUUGCAGUCAUCGGCGGCCACCCGUUGACAGUGCAGUGUCUGCUCCAGGGCGAAAAUUGGCAAGGCGAUAUUGAUAUUCGCCAUGGAGGCCGCAGGGUCGUGACCAGGUCCAGUGCCGUGCUAGCCAUGGCGGCCAAGGGCAACUCUGUCAAGAUCGUGCAGAUGCUAGUGGAAGCUGGCGUCGACGUGAACUGGCAGGACGAGGCGGGUGAGACUGCCCUCCACAUCGCCGCACGAUUCGGCCACACGGACUGCGCCAAGGUAUUGAUCAAUGGCUCGCCCGAGCAAAAGACGAACCUGGAGUUGACCGAGAAGUCGUUCUCUUGGACGCCGAUGCACAUUGCGGCUGUCGAUGGACAUUUGGAAGUGGCGAAGCUACUUGUUGAGGCUGGCGUAGACAUCAACAAGGCCGAUUCUUUCGGCUGGACUCCCAAAGAGCAUGCGGCAUUGCGCGGGCAUCUGGACAUUGCUGACCUGCUGGAAGCUCAUGCGCCCUAUCAACCCACACUCGAGGUUGUCGCGGAGUCAAACGGCUCCAGCUCGUCAUCUUCACCGCCAGAAACAUCGUCUCUUGAGGAUCGCAGGUCUGAGGGAAGCACUAGGAUUGCUGAGCCAGUCAAAUCUUUUGGGCACCGAUAUCUCAAGGACAGUAGUCUGGUCAUGGUCAGCUUGGGCUCCAUGGAUGUUCGCAAGAACAUAGAACCUGUGAAGCUUGACCGCGUCCCUCUUGCCGAGGCGCAUACAAAUCAGCUCGAUACAGCACUCUCUGUGGUCGUCUCUGCUCAGGGUGCCCAGGGCGAGCCUGUUAUUAUCGACCUACCUACCCACGACAACAUUUCGACAGAGCCCAUUGUCUUUUCGACUGCGGACCCCUCGAAAGUCAAACUCCUAUUUGAUCUCGUCCCGACAUACUCUGGAAACGAGAAGAACAAAAUUGGCAGAGCUGUCGCUUUACUGUCUGCUGUUCGGCCCACGCUUGGCACCAAGAGGAUGAAUCUGCAGGGCGACGUCUGCGUGCCUAUUCAGGGUGCCAACUUUGAGGUGAUUGGCGUCGUCAAUUUCAAUUUCUUGGUCAUCACACCGUUCUCGCAUCCCAACAUGGAGAUCACAUCCCAGCAGACAUAUUGGAAGAAGCUUUCCACCACAAUGGUCUUUGGUCACCGUGGCAUGGGCAAGAAUUUCCUGUCCAGCAAGUCGCUGCAACUCGGCGAGAACACGGUCCCUUCGUUUAUUGCCGCGGCCAAUCUCGGUGCCAAUUAUGUCGAGUUUGACGUGCAGCUGACCAAAGAUCAUGUGCCUGUCAUCUAUCACGACUUCCUCGUCAGCGAGACAGGCAUUGACGCACCAGUCCACACGCUGACGCUCGAGCAGUUCCUGCAUAUCAACCAGGACAAUGCUCGGCCGAAUAACAAUGGCGACGCUCCGACGAACUUGGAGACGAGAAGGUUACGGAGCAAUGAGCCAGGGCCAAGACAACGUUCCAUGUCCGUCAACCUGGACCAUCCCAAGGGCACCAGCCUAGAGGAGCGGAUGAAGUACACACUCGACUUUAAGCAGAAGGGCUACAAAGCAAAUACCAAGGGCAACUUUAUCCAGGCACCCUUUGCGACACUCGAGGACUUGUUCAAGAAGGUGCCGGACGAGGUGGGCUUCAACAUUGAGAUGAAAUACCCCAUGCUCUACGAGAGCGAGGAGCAUGACAUGGACACGUACGCGAUCGAGCUCAACGAGUUCUGCGACACGGUCCUCGCCAAAGUGUACGACCUGUCGGGGCCUCGGCAGAUCCUCUUCAGCAGCUUCAACCCGGACAUCUGCCUGUGCCUGUCCUUCAAGCAGCCCAGCAUACCCAUCCUGUUUCUCACCGACGCCGGCGCCUGUGAUGUGAGCGACAUCCGCGCCAGCAGUCUACAGGAGGCCAUUCGCUUUGCCAGCCGGUGGAACCUACUGGGUAUAGUGAGCGAGGCGAGGCCAUUUGUCAAUAGCCCCCGGCUGGUCAAGGUUGUGAAGCAGAGCGGUCUGGUCUGUGUCAGCUACGGCAAGGAGAACAACGACCCUACUCUGGUACAGCGCCAAGUCAAGGAGGGCAUCGAUGCGGUGAUUGUGGACAAUGUGCUGGCGAUUCGCCGCGGGCUCACCAAGGGCGACGGCGAGGCGACAGCGUGAGCUCGUACGGCUAUAACAGCAGGAUUUUGAAUGAAGCAGGUAUGAAGCUGCUGAGACGGAUUUUCAGCUUGUAUGACUGCAA